AUGAGUGGAUGUCCGUACUUUGAGAAGAGGCAUUUGUUAUUCAAAAACAAGCCUCCCAAAACAGAAGAUGAUGACGAUGACUCUCAGGCAGGGGUUAACAAGGCCAGUAAAGGAGGUAUUAUCUACGGAGACUACCUGCAGCUCGAUAAAGUAGUCUCAGCCCAGGUACUGCAGAGUGAACUGAAGGGUAAUAAGAUCCAUGAUGAGCACCUCUUCAUCGUCACCCAUCAAGCCUAUGAACUGUGGUUCAAACAGAUCUUGUUUGAACUUGAUUCAGUGCGAGAGAUCUUCAUCAGCGGACAUGUCCGUGACGAACGCAACAUGCUCAAAGUCAACACUCGCAUCCACAGGAUUGUAAUGAUCUUCAGACUGUUGGUCGACCAGUUUGCAGUUUUGGAAACAAUGACAGCCUUGGACUUUUUUGACUUUAGGGAAUACCUGUCUCCAGCCUCUGGCUUCCAAAGCCUUCAGUUUCGGCUCCUGGAGAACAAAAUCGGGGUCCCGGACAACCUGAGGGUUCCCUACAACAGACGUCAUUACAGGGACAACUUCAAGGGUCAUGACAGUGAGAUGUUACUCGCCACUGAACAGGAGCCCACACUCUUAAAACUAGUCGAGGAGUGGCUGGAGAGAACUCCUGGCUUGGAGGCAGAUGGAUUCAAUUUCUGGGAAAGGCUGGAAAUCAAUAUAUUUGAUGGGUUGAAUCAGGAGAAGGAGAAAGUCGAGAAAAUGCCAGAUUCUGAGGAAAAGGAAGAACUGAUGGCUGAGCUGGUCAAACAGAAAGAGCUCUUCACAUCCCUGUUUGAUGAAAAGCGUCAUGACCAUCUUCUCAGCAAAGGUGAGAGGCGGCUCUCUUACAAGGCUCUACAAGGUGCUUUGAUGAUCUACUUCUACAGGGAAGAGCCGAGGUUCCAGGUCCCAUUCCAGCUGCUCACCUCCCUCAUGGAUAUUGACACCCUCAUGACAAAAUGGAGAUACAAUCAUGUAUGCAUGGUGCAUCGUAUGAUUGGCAGCAAAGCUGGUACAGGAGGAUCAUCUGGCUACCACUACCUGAGAUCUACUGUCAGUGACCGCUACAAAGUGUUCGUGGAUCUAUUCAACCUGGCAACGUUCCUGGUGCCCCGCCACUGGGUGCCCAAGCUGAACCCCAACGUUCAUACUUUCCUCUACAUGGCCGAGUGCUGCGACAGCUCCUACUGCAGCAGUGAAGACUCCGACUAGGAGGCAUUGAUCUCAGUCGUCUGUUCUGACUUCCUUUGUAUGCCUGUGGGUGACCUCAAAGCGGUAGAUGCUUUGCACACUUAAGAAGAGUUGGUGACAGGUGCAUAGGUAACCUUCAGAACUUUCAAAGAAAGAUACAUUUUCAUUGACAAAACACAAGGUCUUAGACCUCAGACUGACAUCAGGUUGAUACACCUGACAAAGCUCUCACAUUGACGUAUUUUGUAUUAAUAAGGGCAAUCUUAUAAGGAUCCAAUUUUACCACAAAAUAUAAUAUAAUAUUGGAUUAUGAACUCAAAAAAGAUGUCAUUUUUAGAUCAUCUUGCAUCCUAAUUUUUUUUCCCAGUUGAAAAGGGGUAUUGUAGUUGAAAGUGUAAACCACCAAAAUAUCCAUUAUGGAGAGAUAUGUAAUACCCUGAUGGUAUUGUUGGUUGGGAUUUUUAUAAUGUGUUUUUUUUUUUUUUUACUACAUUCUGACACUUCAAUAUUAACUAAAUACACGACACAACUUGGACAUUUAAAUGUUUUGCCGGCAGAUGAAAAUUCUGUUUUUCAUUUCACUGUGACACUAAAAUCAGGCCAAAUAUCUCACAAUUAUUACUGAACAGAACAGUACAUUUUUAGUUCAUUAGUUACAUCAGGCUGCAGCACCGAGCUUCACACAUCAAAUUCAAACCUGUGAUGCAGUCUGACCCUGCAUAAAUGAAAUGGCCAAAUUAGACUAUUUUACUCUAAUCUCUGAUCAUGACCAGUCACACAGCAGAUGGCCCCUUGAUAAGAUUUGCUUAGAUGUUUUCUCAAUAAAAUUAUGUAAAUUCACUGGCUGACCUGAAAGCAAAUGGAUCAGUGAGAGCAGCGAUCAAACUGCUGGUGAUGAUGGGGCUUUGCAAAUACAUCAUCUUUCAUGUCAGCAUGCAGAGGAGCCAUUUCAGACUAUUGUGAUGUGGCUCAAGUGCAAGAAGAAGUAGA